GCAGCCGUGCUCCAGUUGCUCGGGGAGACACCAGCGCAAUGCACAUUUUUUAAGGCGCCCAACAACCACUUGAAUAAGCAUGGGCUCCCGUCGUUUGACUUGGAUCCUCCCCGCUCGCCGUGUGCAUCACAUGGUCCAUCUUCACCUGCUCGAGAUCCGAUCCAUAUAUACUUGAUGAUACUAUCUCCCCUGGCCCUCAUCAUUCCUGCAACCAGUUGAUUUAGGAAACGGUGCUUCGAUCGGACUUCUCCCCGGACAAUUCUAGCAUAUGCCAGCAUCGUGCUCACUCUUAAGAAAAUUCAACAACCCACACUCUCCUGACUUAUUCCCAUUCUAUAUAUCACCCUCAUUAGCCUCUUCAGCUCACACCAUCACAAACCCAAGGUCCAAAGUGCGAGGGAGGUGCUCACCAUGGCUCACAAGAUACUCUCCUUGGCGAUCCUCGCAGUUUCCUGCGUGAUCCUUGCCGCCGGAUCAAGGUCGCCGGCGGACGUGGCGGUGGCGCUGGCACCGCUGCGGGGCUCGGCGGCGGCCGGGAGCGACGACUACAAGUGCGUGUACACCAUCUUCGUGCAGACCGGGUGGAUCUGGAAGGCGGGGACGGACUCCGUGAUCGGCGUUGCGCUCGCGGCCGCGGACGGCAACGGCUUCACCAUCACGGACCUGGCCCAGUGGGGAGGGCUCAUGGGCGCCGGCCACGACUACUACGAGCGCGGCAACGUCGACAUCUUCAGCGGUCGGGGCCCGUGCCUGCCGUCCCCGCCGUGCCGGAUGAACCUGACCUCCGACGGAGCCGGCGCGCACCACGGAUGGUAUUGCAAGUCCGUGGAGGUCACCGCCACGGGGCCGCACGCCGGUUGCGCCAAGGCCGAUUUCGGCGUCGAGCAGUGGCUCGCCAGGGACGCGCCGCCGUACCAGCUCCACGCCGAGCGGAGCAUCUGCGCAAAGAGGGAGGGUGGUGACGCCUCACAGUGAGGUUGUCGACACCAAGACACCAAACGUGGUGCCUUCUUUGAUGUAGCAUGUAGUCUCGCGUCAAUUCUCUCAUAUUUGUCUCUUGUGGUGUCUGGUGUGGUGGCGCUUCAACUCUUUGCUAUUUUCUGAACUUCGAACACGUUGCUGCAGAAAUAAUUUGCCAGGUAUUGUUGUACGAUAGGGAUGCGCAAGAGUUUUCUUGAAGACUUCGGUGAUGAAAUAUGUAUUUUGCAUGAAUAAUGUACUGGCUCAAGUGAUACUCUUUUGCCCUUAAUUCAUACCCUUCAUUUUCUCUGUUGGCGCAA